AUGCAAAGAGAGGGAUCGAGAGUGAAGAAGGAGGUUUGCUCUUGUUUGCGAGCUCGACUUGUAGAAUCCCUCAUUCAAUCAACUCAGGAUCUUCAAGUUUCUCCAGUCGUCAAAUACUCAGCGUUGUCACUUUUCGCCAACCGAUUCUACCCAUCUCUUACCGGAGCAGGAACUAAGGAUGCUAAGAGUUGGCUUUUACAGCCCCUGAGAAAAAGCAAUUUGCAGCUAUUUGUGCUUGUUGCAAUAUGGAUCUCAAGCAAAAUAUAUGAUUCUUUUUCUCUAAGUGUCAAAUAUUUCAAGUCUCUGGCUAACAACACCAUUAAAGAGCAGCAUUUUACAACAAAGGAUUUUCUGAAAGCUGAGCUAGUGUUAAUGCAGGUAUUGAAAUUUGAGAUCGGCAUGUUAAGCAUUCCCUUCUGUUUUUUCGAAGAUCUACUUACAAAGUUCAGUGAAGUUGCCAGAGUUGGAAAGCAAUUAAGCUUUGGGGAAGAAGAAAUGACUUUUUAA